CGGAUAACGUAUUUUUACUACUAUUGCUAGUACGCUUUUCAUUCUACUGCACUCUACUAUCCGUCUGGUUGACGUGGUCAUAUAAAGUAUGUCGACGCCUUACUACCGAUCGCUACGUGCACUCUCACCUAUAGGUACAUUGCAUACCUAUACAUAUAAAAGUUGUAACACUCCUGAGGGUUACGUACGCGCGCGCAUUAAAUGUACUGCAGCAUACCUACCUACACAAAUACACAAACACACAUACCAUGAACCUAUUCGAUUCUAUUCAAGAUGGAGAGAAAAGAACGUAGGCCUUUGGUAAGGUGGUUGUAAACACAAAGAUACAUAUCUACUCUUGUUGAGUACUGACUGUUAAACGGAAACAUAAGAAAUGGCUAAAUCUGUAUUAGGUUCGGAUACUUUACCAAAAGCAGGUCGUGUUAACGAAGUAAUGUCACAGUAUGUCGGGAGUGGUUGGUGCACGAAGAUGGAGCAUUGGCUUAUAGACUGCAAGAUGAAGAAAUUAAAGAACAUUAUACUGGUAAUAAGGUGCGCAAUGCUCAAGUACGAGAAGAUCUUCCAAGAGCAAGGGUAGAACAAGAGUUAGAAGCUAUGAAAUAUCAAAGUUAUAUACAACAGCAGGAAGAAAGAGAUGCUGUCGUGGCAAGACAAAUUGCAUUGUCAUUGGAAAGGGAAGAACAUUUAAAAAAAAGAGAAGAACAUCAAAGGGAAAGGGAAACGUAUGAAAGGGAAAGGGAAGAGCAUCAAAGAGAAAGAGAGUUACAAGAAAAAAUGAGAUCGCAAUUAAGACUCAACGAUGAAGCACUGUCAAUGAAAUUAGAAAUUGAACGACGUAUUCAAGAAGAAAAGGAUGAAGAAUUGGCAAGAAAAUUGCAGGAAGAAGAAGAAGGUGCUGUAGAUAAUCACGAUUCUCCAGUUAACGAACAAUUAUUAUUAGAUCAAAAAAUUGCGAUGGAAGCUCAGGAUGCUGAAUUGGCACGCAUGCUUCAAGAAAAAGAACGUGCUAAGGCACGAAAGGCGAGAGAAAGAGCAAGACAAAAAAAAUUAGAAAAACAACAGAUGCAACAGUUGGAACAACAUACUUUAAUAGAUAGACCGCAACGACCUGAUAAGAUCGAUUUGAAAAAUACUACAAGUAAAAAUCGAAGACAUGACACAAAUUAUACUCAAUAUCCGGACCCUGAAGAGAUACAAACACUUGAUAAUCCUAUCGAGGAAAUACAAGAAGUACCCAACGUAGCUGCUAUUAUUGAUCCAACUUAUAAUAUAAAUGAGCAUCGAAAUACUUCAAGUAGUUCGAGUAAUACAGUUAGUCCAACAUAUGCAUUACCUACACCACCGCCUGAAUUAAUGAUAGAUAAUGCACCAUGUUACAUGCCGAUACAAGGACAACGAAGAAAUCAAAAUCAAUCUCCUUUCCAAGCACAUGAAGAAAAACACAAAAGGCGGGUUAAAGAUGGAUGUAAGCAUCAAUGAAACAAAAACAUCGUGCCUAUCGUAUUUAAUUAAUAAUAAGUAUAUAUUUACUCAUCUUUUUUGGUAUGGAAUAUUAUCAGAGUAUUUCUAGUAAGGAUAAUACUUUUUCUAUUUCUUAGUAAAUUAAUCGCGUAACGAUAGAAGUACUUACGUGAUAUUAACGAAUUUUUAUAGAAAUUUUUUCUCGCAAUAUUGCACACGAUUAAUAUAGUUGCCUCUACUCUAUUGAAAGUAGAUAAUAUAUAUACAUUUAUAGAAAGUUAAACUAUUCUGUGAUGAUAUCAAAAUCAUUACUUCUUACUAAAUUUAAGAUUCAUCUCUGCAAAUUGUAUUGUUACAAAGAUUUAGAUGCUAUUACCGGGCUAAAAAUAGUAUACAUUUUAGAGUUUCAUCAAAUAUGAAACCGUACGUGCCUUUGGAAGAGUACGAUUUACAAAACUAAUUCAUUUUUCAUCUGCUAUAAACACUCAAAAAGAAUAAUGCAAGAGUUUAAAUUUACAACAACAAAAUCGUACCAUUUUCUAACCGAUUAUCUGCCUUCUCUAUUAUAGAUACAUUUUUAAUAAUAGUAAGAAAUAUUGUCUCAUUCUAAAAUGAUUACUCUAUAAUCAAUAUUGUUUCAAUAUUUCUGAAUUUAUAGAAAAUUUAAGAACGAAAUUAGAUAUAUAAAGUGUAGCAAGUAAAUAUAUAUAUAUAUACAAAACAAAGAGAAACAAAUACUUUGACAUACGAAAAUUUUUUGAUAAGCUCUUUGAGAGGAUAUCUAAAUUGUUUUUUUUUCUUUUAAUUUAUUGUUUUGUAUGUUAUAAAAGAAUAUCAUUCGGUAUGCGCAAGCAUGGCACUUAAAUUAAUAAUAGUGAUGUACAUAUUUAUAUUUAAGGAUCUAUGAAUAUUCUUAAAAAUAGAAUGAAAAUAAGAAAUAGAAAAAAAAUCCUUUUUUAUGCGCUAUUAUCAUGAUGAAUUGCAGUAAGAGCUACAUUUCUGGGGUUGGAUCGAUUCUGUUAAUUCUGUCGUACAACAUAUCGUUGUAGAUAAGCACAUUGAAAAAUAUUUUCGUCAUUUUCUUGAAUAUUUUAUCUUACACGUCUGCUUUCAGUUUCCUUUUAGAGUUGCAUUCCAACAGGGUUUCAACAAUCAUUUCGACGAAAUUAACAAUCAUGUAUCUGACCGGGUAUAUAUAUAUAUAUAAAUAUAUAUUUAUAGGUAAUAAUAUUAUAUAAAGCUUAUUU